AUGUAUUAUCAACAGAUGAAGACAGCGGUUUUUGUUGCGUGGAUUGCGUUAUACGUCUCAGCUCUGCUGGCUGUAAGAAGAAUGUGGACCGGUAAAUAUGUACGUAGCCCUCUUGCUCGAGCUCUGUUCGUCAGCAUGGUGAGCGAAGGCGAGACCACAGGACUAGAUGCUCAUGAGUGGUACCGCUGCUGUCCUGAUAUGCUGGGGGAGGCUCUGAGGCCGCUGUUUAUCCAGAGUUACAUGGACCAGGACACAAAGGCCUUCCUGAGGCGCAGUGAGGAGAAGUCAGGCUGGCUGUUCACACAACUCUACCACUCCUUCGUCUCCACUGUCUUCAGCCCCAUUGUCUCCCGCACCUCCAUCAAUGGGUUUUUGGGGAGGGGCUCCAUGUUUGUGUUCUCUGGGGACCAGUUCCGCCAACUCCUCCGGAUCAGCCCAGAUUGGCAGGGACACAGGCUGCUUGACCUUGGUGCUGGGGACGGGGGAGUCACUGAUGUCAUGGGCAAGCAUUUCAGAGAGGUCUAUGCCACAGAAGUAUCCACUCCCAUGAAGUGGCACCUUCAUAAAAAGAACUACAGAGUGCUGGAUGUGGAUGGGUGGCAGAACCCCGGCUUCCAGUAUGAUCUGAUCAGCUGUCUGAACCUGCUGGACCGCUGUGACCAGCCCCUCACUCUGCUCACGGACAUCCGGCGCUCUCUGGUGCCUGGCACUGGCAGGCUCCUCCUGGCCGCAGUGUUGCCCUUUCAGCCUUAUGUGGAGCUGGGUGGCAGGUGGGAGCGGCCAAAAGAAUACUUGAAAGUGAAGGGAAAGACAUGGGAGGAGCAGGUCACCAGCAUGUCCAAUCGGGUGUUCCAGAAGGCGGGGUUUGAGGUGGAAGCAGUGACGAGGCUGCCAUACCUCUGUGAAGGAGACAUGUACAAUGAUUACUAUGUGCUGGAUGAUGCAGUGUUUGUUCUGAAACCGCUGGAAUGAGGGCACAUGAUGUGGAACCGGUCAGCUGAUCGGUCAUUAAUGUCCAACUUUUAAUCCUGGUGCUUCUUUGACAUCAGGUCCCUUACACGACUCACUUUUAAUUAUAUUCCGGGGGAAAACAUACAUGAUUAAAUAAUGUAUUGUCAUGACGGAAGUAUUGGGAUUUGAGAUGAUAAUUAUCUUUAGAAGGAGGAAACCCAGCCUCCUCUCAGGGUGUUUACAGUUAUUUUCCUAUAUUCUGUGAUGUCUCACAUGGUGCAGAAACUUACAUUACAUGACAGGGACAUAAUUGGAGCCUAUGUACAUUCUUAGACAAGAAACAUGUAAGGGCAGAUGUCCACAGGCAUGUAAUCAUUAUGCACAAAUUUUCUGCACAAAUUUCUUUCUGUCUAUUCCAUGUUGAAGUAAAUGCCCUUAAUCUGUUAUUUACAGAUUAAUAUCUCAUCAUCAGUGUACCAUGGAAUUGUUGUACAUUAAUCUGGUUGAUGGGUCAGGGAGUUUAUAUGUGAUUUAUUUAAUGCGUAGUGUCUACGCAUACACAGGACUUCAAUCCCCCUGCAUUCCGACAAAGGGCUGGCAUGAUUUCCCACUCCGGUGUGGGAUUUACUGAAACCAACCCAACACAUGCUGUGUUAAUAUCUCUUGUGUAUAAUUUUUUUAGUGAUUCACAAAUGUUAUUUUCAUUAUCUAAAGAUAAAUCAUUGGAUUGGUAAUAAAAACAAGUUGGUAAUCGUUUUGA